AAAUUAGCUCCUGCCAACAUUUUGUAUUUUUGUUUGAUGUUUUCUUAAAAUUUGGUUAUUAGAAAACGUAAUAAAAUACUUGAUUGGUUUUAGUUUUAAUGAGGGAAAUCUGAUGUGCAAAGUUUUCUUACAUUUUGUCGGAAGCCAAGACAGAACCUUUGUCUUUAGAACUUCGGCCGGGUUUGGUGCUGAACCGGGCCUGCACAGACCCACUAUUGGGUCGGGAUGAUGAGAGGAGCCGGAGCGGCUCCACUCAUACUCUAAACUCCAGCGUUCCACCUAAAUUAACAAUCUAAUUGAGAUACCAGCCUUUCCAGUUUGGCUGAACUGUGUUGUCAGGUUUGGGCAAAAUUGGAUUGAAAUAUAACUUUUUCUAUGGAGGAAUUGUUUAAACCAGUUCUCAAAAAGAAAAUAAAUACUUUUACUUAGUCAUUGUAAAAGAUAGUAUUCAUGCAGUUUGUCUUGUUUUGUCCUGAGGUGUAACAGUUAGGUAUUUAUGCAUACUGUACAGUCAACAUAAUAUUUAGAAUAAUUUAAAACAUUAUAUUCAUGACUUUUAUUAAAUACCCAGAGCAACUAUGAACGAGAUCCCAGAGGGUUUUACGAGUGUUCUGCUCCUUGUUUUAUACUAAAUGAUUCUGUACAUUGGAGGCUGUUCAGCUCUUUGUUCUGGUGCAAUUAAUAAUUUAAGACGCCAUCGCCUUAAUCACCUGAGCAGUUUUCAAUGAUGAACCUUAAAAGCGUCAACUCUUUAUUCCACCUCAUCCGUGGCGUUUUAAAAGGCUUUAAAGAGGCUCGGUUCGCUGGAAUCUGGCUGGAAUCCAUCAGCAUCCAUCCAUCAGCUGAUGUUUUCUCUCUGUGAAGCAUCCUGUGGGUCCAGGUCUGCUCAAUCAUUUUAAUAGCAAUAAUUAUUUGGCAAUGACAGUUAAUUCUAAAUGUUUACAUCAAUUGCGCAAACAUGAGAAUGAUAACAAUAAUUAGAGAUUUAAACCAAAAGAUAAAUGUAAUGACAUUUACAAAUGUAACAUUUUAAACCAAACUAAAAGAACCCGAAUUAAAAAACUUUAAAGCCACAGGCAUAUAUGAUAUAUAUAGAUAUAUAGAUUUAUAUAGAUAGAUAUAGAUAGAUAUAUAAUGUGCUGAAAUAUUUCCAGUUUAGUUUACAUUAUUGUACAUUACUGUUACAUAUUUGUUGGUAGCGAGCAGCUGGCUCCUCUAGUAUUUAACAUUCACUGCUUUUUACAGUCGUGCUGUGUUCAGCCCGUUUUGAGCGCUUAUAUGUGCGCACAGCGUUGUUGCACCCGUGAGACCUUUCUCACUGCUAAUGAUUGUGACGAAGACAUCAAAAAGUGUUGACACUGUAAUUAUGAAAAUAAAUAAUGAAGCAUUUAAAAAAACAAGACGCUGAAGAGAAAAGAGGAAAUAAAACAGAAGGAGAAAAAUCCAUUACUUAUAACGAAUACGUCUGCAACAUCUCCAUUUCUAUAAAAACAAAUAGUGGUCGGUUCAGGAGUCUGUUAAAUACAUGAAUGGAUUUUCUGGAAAUUUUAUUUGAAGAUUUUUUUACGACCGUUAAAAAACCGUUAAAAUGUCCCAUGAGGCCAAAAUCACUUUCUCUGAUUUAGCAGCAUCACGUUUCAAUUUACGCUGAAUAUGUAUGUUGUAUUACAGUGAGUGUAAUUUAUAUGCAAGUUGUGUUUAUCGAGAACUCGAUCCGAUUUUCACUUUUAGAUAUUUUUUUCCCUUUUAGCUCCAGAUUUUUCAUUGUUAUUUAAAGUAUUCCUUUAUUAACGCAGAAAAAUAACCUUGAUUUUCGAACAGUCUCUACUGUAGUGACUGGGUGUUUCCUGCUCUCGGGCCUCGGAGUUCAUUUCUACCAAGUGUUAUUAAAAUAACCAGCUGUCCUUUUUGAGCGACGUUGUGCUUUUGGGUGGAGGUCCGUCCCCUCGUCCUGUAGAAUGUGCGUCUCUGCCCGCUGAGUUUUAUACAAAGUGCGUAAAGAUGCGGGUAAAAGGCAGUGCGUGAUGAGGGCAGAGCGUCUCCGUCUCGGUGUUUCUCAGUGGAGAACUGGCUACAAGGGGCUUUAAUGCCGCGGGUGGGUUUUGGCCACCGACGAGCUUCUGCGUGAAAGAGGAAGAAAGGCGCUCGAGGCAGCGCGUGUCAUUCACGGACGCACAGCUGAGAUCCAUGACUUCUAAUCCAUUUUCUGCGCAAUAUCGACGGUUCGGUUUCCGUGUAGAGUUCAGCCACAUGACAGCUCCGUCGCCCCUGAACCGUGCGUAAAGGGGCUGGGUUUCAGCAGCCACAGCGCGUCCAAAUCUGAUCUGAAACUCUGACCGCUGCGCCUAUGGCGUCUGCGAAUUAAAAAAAUGAUGUCAUGCGAAGCCACAAGGGGACCUGGGAUUUACCAGAUACCUUCCAGUUGAGCAGGAGUCCUGCCAAGUAAAGGACAGCCUCCUCCUCCUCUCCUCCUCCACUUCCAGCAGCGACAAGUGCACACAAACGACGGAGGAGAAUUGAGCAAAUUAUCUGCUUUCCGUCCACCUGCCUGGACGGUAACGAUUGGCGACGUCCCGGCUCCUCGCACGCCGCCAUCGAGCGAGCCGCAGCCGCCCCUUGAUUGUCGUCAGUAAGUGAUAGGAGCGGGGCAGGUGAUCUGGAGGGAGGGAGGGAGGGAGGGAGGGAGGGAGCCCCGGCACAGGAUGCCCUUUCCCGCGGGCCGGUGAGGACUCGCACCGACCCCCGGCUUCUCCCCAGCAGCUUCUCGUCGUCCUGCGGUUGAUGUGGAGAUGAUGGACGGUCCUCUUCGCCGCCCAGCGGGGGUCCUCGCCUCCCCCCCGGCUUCUGGGAGCCAGCCCGCCGGCUCUGACACGCUCACCUCCGGCGGCGGCGGCGGCAGCAAACCUCUGGCGUUCUCCAUCGACCGGAUUAUGGCCAGGACGCCCGAACCCACCAGGUCGAUACCGCUCCCCGGCUGGUUCCAGUCCGCGCCCGUGGGGAAACCAGACGCGUGUCCGUCCUCGCUGCAUUGCAUGAUCCCGCUGGUGCCGCUCGGUUACGAGCCGGGCCACCGGCUCAGCAUCACCGGGCUGGAACCGGGCCACAUCGACGCCUCGUCUCUCGCCGCUCCCGCAGACUUUCUGGGCUUUGGGCUGAACUACAAGAACCAGCAGGAGGAGUCCGCCGUGAGCCAAACCGCGGGCCAGUACAAACUUUUCAGACCCCGCGUGGUGAACCAGUCCUUCCCCACCAUGGGCACCGUGUGCUACUUGAACUGCGGCGGGGACGGCGGCGCGUGCCCGCCGCCCGCCGGCCUCGUCAACCUGCACCCCAUGGCGUCGUACCUGCUCAGCGCGCGGCACAAGGCUUUGAUGGCGGAGAAGGGCAAGCCGGGCCUCCAGCAGGCCGCAGAGCGGUACCCGGGGUCCGGGGUGCAGGCGUUCAAGGAGCUGUCCCAGAGCCAGAUCCAGCACUACAUGAAGGAGCGGGACCAGAUCCUCACGGACACGCUCUUCAAGGGCUCCGCGGCGGCGGCGGCGCGUCUGAGCGGCUCCUGUCCCGGUAACAAGCCCAAGGUUUUCACCUGUGAAGUCUGUGGCAAGGUGUUUAACGCGCACUAUAACCUGACACGCCACAUGCCCGUGCACACCGGCGCGCGGCCGUUUGUGUGUAAAGUUUGCGGAAAAGGCUUCAGACAAGCAAGCACGCUGUGCCGGCACAAAAUAAUCCACACUCAGGAAAAGCCGCAUAAGUGCAACCAGUGCGGAAAAGCUUUCAACCGCAGCUCCACCCUUAACACGCACACGCGCAUCCACGCGGGGUACAAACCGUUCGUGUGCGAGUUUUGCGGCAAAGGAUUUCAUCAGAAAGGAAACUAUAAGAACCACAAGCUGACGCACAGCGGCGAGAAGCAGUUCAAGUGUACGAUCUGCAGCAAGGCGUUCCACCAGGUGUACAACCUCACCUUCCACAUGCACACACACAACGACAAGAAGCCCUUCACCUGCCCCACCUGUGGGAAGGGCUUCUGCCGGAACUUUGACUUGAAGAAACACGUGCGGAAGCUGCACGACCCGGCCGGGUCGCAGUCGCCGCCCCAGGCCUGAGGCCCGAGGCCCGAGGCCCGAGGCCCGAGGCCCGAGGCCGGGUCCCGCCUGAACACGAACUGCCCUGGAGCCGCGACCUCCCAUCACGAUGAAAACCCGGUCCAGUUAAGACACAUUCAUGAUCUUCUGUCGGUGUCAGGAAGGAUAUUUUUUCACAAAUUAUAGUAAUUAACGACUUUAUGUUCAUAAAUAUAAUAUGUUCUGUGCUUUGUUCCCUCAAAUCGGUGAUUCUUUCCCUUUAUAAUUUAUUAAGCCUCCCGGCGUCUCUGAAUCCUUCUGUCUUUUGUAACCAUAGCGAUUCUGAAAAAAUUCCUUCACUUCCCAUCACGUGUUUUGUUUAAACCUGAGACCUUUGAAUCCAGACAGCCUCAAAUUAGAAAUAAGUCCAUCACAAUGCAAACUCUGUGAAGUCACUCUGGUGCUUUUGUUGCCUCUAAUUAGUUUUUCUAAAAUUCUAAAUUGCAGCCAUUUCUAAAGCAGCUGAAGGAGACUGAUCGUGUUCUGAGAGUUCACUGUUUCUGACCCUGGACUAGAUACAAUGACUAUGUGAGUUUAAACCCACAGCGUUUGGAACCUGGAGCUUCAGUAAACUAACGCUUAUCCUAUAAAAUAAUUAGUGAAAGAUUUUUUUUUUAAAUUAAUUUGAGGGCAAGUGUUUAGAGUGAACAAACCCAAAAUCGACAUUCUGACUUUGGCCCUACAUCAAAUCUGCAAGACUCCGAUGAGUCGGAGCCUGAAAGGUUCUAACAUGAAGAGGACGAUUUCCAUGUGUACAUUUGUGAAGUGCACCGCCUCUGAACAAAGCACCAGCCCGUGAUGAUAAACCACAUCCUGACUACAGCCCUGCUGCAAAUGGACUAUGAAGUGAACACAGUUUUCUGCCUGGGCUCAUUUUAGAUAUUAAGAGAAAUUCAUUUGAUUGGUCCCGUAAACUCAAUUUGCAUUUUCCACGUAAUAAAUAAUAACAAACACCACAUUCAGUGUUUUACUGUGACUGCUGCCCAGAAGAAAAAAGGGAAAACCACAUCCUCACCACCUUUGAGCCUGUUCACCUCUAUCCUUUAAACUUGACUUUCAAAAAAAAGAAGCCAUCAGGACCUUUGCUAACGCCGACAGGAGCUGCAGCAGCCCCUCGGACCGAGCUGAACCUCUGACCUCUGACCCCUCUGGACACUGCGGCUCCUUUGUCUCUCCCAGCUCUUGUUGACUGAGGAUGAACUGAAGUGAUCAUUACGAGUCAUCAGUCACUAGUUUGGAUUUUCUUUCGGUUGCAUCUCGGGAUGUGAGAGUGAUGAACUCUGAGACCAGAGGUGAAAUGACAGAUCUGAGCAGAUUUUAUUGUGAAAAACAGGAUUUAUAAAGCAACGCUAUGAUGUUCUAGAGUUUCCUCAUCAUAAAGACCAGAACAAACCCAAACCACUGACAGGCUUCAUUACCGAAACACUCACUGGGUUAUUUUGAGUCUACCCCACAUACUUUACACCCUCCUGCUGACACAAAGACAAAUAUAGAUGAUAGCACCAACAAUGUCCUCCCACAGACAGUACCAUACAAUAUAGUGCAUACAGUACAAAAUGCAAUGUGCUGUGAUGCAGUGCGAUACUGUGAGAUGUCGUUUGCAGUGAGUAAAACGGUGCAAAACCAAAAAUUAACACUUCUCUUAUGUUCAGUAUCCAGAUGAGUUAUAGCUCCACAAUCAUAAACAAUCGAAUGUGAGCUUUGGUUUAACUUUAGUUGAUGCCAACUGGAAACUGAUGUCAUGCAGGACACAGUGAUGGGUCAGUUUGCACUGACGUUCGUCUCGCACCUGAAAGCAGCACAGUCCAAACACCCAAUGCUCCUCUGCGCAGCGUGACUGGAGCGGGACCAGAACAGAGUGGUGCGUGCCUGGAGGCAGCACAGGCUGUUUGUGCAGCUCCUCGCUAAAAGUUGUGAACCGAUCGGGUGAGGAGUCGAUUGUGUUGUUUACUAAAGCAGACGCCGCUGCAGCACAGCGUGACACCAGUCUGGUCCCGGUUCCAGACUCCAGGAGAAGCAGGAGCUGCUGCAGCGUUCAGACUUGAUUGGUGUCUAUUAUUUUAGUGGAAACGGUUGCAAUAUUUCAGCCUUUCCUUUCAUUUCAUAAUACAGGUGUGUUUAAUGACUUUACUGAGUGGAGUCAGUUCUGCUGCCUUUAUAGAACUCACCAGGCUCAAGACUUACUCCAGUCAUGAUAAACUCUAAUAGUCAUCAGGACAAAUUUGAAUCCUUGAAAAACUUCAUUACUGGUAUUUCAUUGGAGAUUUCAGUCAGUACUACGUCCAGUACUAAGUAGCCUUAAUGACAGCUUUGGUUCCGUUUAAUGGAUUUCCCUGUAAGUUCCCACCCACUGAGUCAAUAUCUGAUAACAGUGUUGAAAGAUAAUCCAUCUGUUCAGUUUAAACAUCCAACACAUCUCUGUUGUCAUGUCUUCUUAUCUCUGGUUCUGACGGAUUUAAAAAAAAAACACUGAAGCUUUUUCUCUACUAGUUAAUUUGUUGAUGAUUUUAUUUUCAGUCUCAGGAUUAUUGUAAAAAGUGUUUUAUGAUAUUUAUUUUAAAUUGUGCCACUAACUUAAAGAAAACAGCAGAAUGCGCUGAUACGUGAAGGAGGAAAAAAACCUUGUUUGUCUUGGACCUUUUGCUGCUCAGAAAACCGAACAUGGCCUCCAGCAAAAUGGUCAAUAAAGUCAACUGUGUGUGCGCCACUUCUUCCAAACUAUUCUUUGAAUACAUUAACACACUGAUUGCAUGUGAUGGAGGAAAAUUAUAAAUAAAUAUUUUUAUUUAUA